AUGGCGGGUACAAAAUCUGCGACAAUGUCUGGGGUCAAGAGAAAAAGGGACCCAAGCAAGCUAGAGCGCAGCGAAUCCAAGUCGAAGAGCCGGCGCAAGUCCUCCAGCGAAGACGGCGACGACCUACAAUCCGAAAUCGUACAGCUCGAAGCCCAGAUUCUCGAGUCGCGAAAGCACUACAACAACAUUGCCACUCUUUUGCAGCGAGCCAAGCAGUCAGACGCCGAGAAUGAGGGCCCAAUACUGGCAGCUGUUGCACUAUGCCGAGUCUUCUCGCGGUUGCUCGUCACGGGCGACAUGGUGAAGAGCAAGGGUAUGAGCGAGGCAGAGGGUGUUAUUGUAUCAUGGCUCAAGGAGCGCUACCGGGAGCUCUGUAAUAUGCUUCUAGACGACUUCCUCCGCAGCGAGCACCCUCCAAAGCAGUCGGUAGCCUUGACACUGCUGAUGCGAUUGGUCAAGGAGGAGGCAAAGUCGCAGAAAGAUUACAAGGUCAAGAACGGCCCUUUGCCUCGUCUUGUCGAAGUUCUACUACACCUCCCCUUAGACGACUUAAACCGCGAGGAGUUUGCGGAGAAGUACCUCAAGCAGUUUGAUGAUAUUCGAUAUCAGACAUUCCAAACUAUCAAAAAAACACUUGACGAAGACCUGGACAUUACCACCCAGCAACUCGUAGCGGCAAACAGCAUGUCCCUACUCUCCACCCUCGACCAAGUCCCCAAAUCCAAAGCCGAGAUUCAGAAUUUUUACGUCGAGGUACAAGGAAAGAGCCCAAUUCCAUCUCUUCAGGCAUACAAGGAGAAGGCCCAAGCAGCGUGGUUGGCGACGAUGCGCACAGGGCUCUCAAAGGAGCAGCGAAAAACUAUCUUGACCACCUUCUCCUACCAGAUUGCGCCUUGGUUCCAGCAGCCUGAAAUCUUGUCAGACUUUUUGACCGACUCGUACAACGUGGGCGGUGCAACAUCGCUACUUGCACUGUCAGGAAUCUACUACCUUAUCUCAGAGAAGAACCUCGAUUACCCAUCCUUUUAUUACAAACUCUACUCGCUUCUUGAUGACGGUCUCCUACACUCGAAGCACCGAUCACGCUUCUUCCGCCUCCUCGAUACCUUCAUGUCCUCGUCGCACUUGCCCGCUACUCUGGUCGCAAGCUUCAUCAAGCGUCUGUCGCGCUUGGCGCUCCACGGACCGCCAGCGGGUAUUGUGGUUGUAAUACCCUGGGUGUACAACAUGUUCAAACGCCAUCCUGCGUGUACAUUUAUGAUGCACCGCGAGAUUCGGGAUCCGGAACUCAAGGAGGAGGUGGAAGCAGAGGGCAUGGAUGACCCGUUUGAUAUGGAUGAAGCGGACCCUUUUCUGACCAAUGCUAUUGAGAGCAGCGUAUGGGAGUUGGUAGCUCUGCAAUCGCAUUACCACCCCAAUGUUGCUACACUCGCCAAGAUUAUCUCUGAGCAAUUUACAAAACGAUCAUACAACCUAGAGGACUUUUUGGAUCAUUCCUACACUGCACUCCUCGACGUUGAACUAGACCGCGAUCUCAAGAAGGAGCCAGAAGUCGAAUUCGAGAUACCAAAGCGCAUUUUGACGGCAGACGAGGGGCUAAACCCCUUGGGUCAGCUUCUUACACAUGUCAUUGAGGCGAGGUGA